UUAUUCGAGUUAAAGGCGAGCUGAAAACUAGGCGACGUCAUUCGGGCGCCCUUGGUUGGGUUGGCACCUUUGCCAUUUCUGGAGGGUCGGCCUGACUCUGACAAUACUCAAACAGCGGCCUUCAUUCGCCUUCUGUUUCCCCCCACACACCAUAACAUUAACAACCAGCAAUGGAUUGACUUUGCAAAGUAUUUUCCGACGUCGUUUGGGAAAACGAGCUCCUCCAAACCCAAGCCGGCCCCAGAGCCCAGGAAGGCACCUGUAAAUGACGAUGGCGUAGGUGCACUGCGAGCAUUCAUGCCCACCUCGUUUGGAAAACAAAAGUCAUCCAAGAACAGCGGUAGCACUCAGCAAUAUGAACAAAUGAGGCGCUCUGUGGAUCAGGACAAGGCGAAGGAGGCUCCAAGAGGAGCAUUGCUCGAACAAUCGUCGUCAUCGCGAUCAAAGGACGCUGAACUCAAGGACGGUGGACGAUCCAAGGAUAAAGUCGAGAACGACAGCGAUGAUGGUGGCAGUAGUGGUGAUGAUGAUGACAAGGACAACAAUGAAGGCGACGCUUCUGGACGUCCGGACUCCUCAACGCUUCCGAUCUCUCACGAAAUCAUAAUGAACGAGCACAGCAAGACUAUUUCAGCCAUGGCAUUGGACCCUGCGGGAGCGCGACUAGUCACAGGAGGAUAUGAUUUUAAUGUCUGCUUCUGGGACUUUGCUGGAAUGGACACACGCUUCAAACCUUUCCGAUCCAUGGAACCAUGUGGAGCCCAUCAGAUUCACGAACUCAAAUAUUCGCUGACCGGCGACAAGAUUUUGAUCAUAUCGGGCGAAGCAAAAGCCAGGAUAUACGACCGGAAUGGAGUAGAAGUUGCAGACUACCAAAAGGGAGACCCGUACAUCCGCGACCUCCGCUUGACCUCCGGACAUGUAGCGUCCCUAACAAGCGGGGCAUGGCAUCCACAUACGAAAGAUAGGUUCAUCACUUCGUCGACAGAUGGCACUAUCCGACUCUGGGACGUGGAGAACACUCGCAAACAGGCUGAUGUGAUUGCAUACAAGACCAAAGAACGCGGUGGGCGGACUCCUGUUACUGCGAUAGCCUACAGCUCGGACGGAAAGAUGAUUGGAGGAGCUGCCGGCGAUGGCACAGUAUCUCUUUAUCCAAGUACUGGACCUUUCUUACGGCCCAUUCACACAAUUGAGAACGCCCAUGUCAAGGGAACAGAAACAUCAUGCAUUACUUUCUCCAGAGAUAGUCUGCGCAUAGUAACCCGCGGCGGCGAUGAUACAGUGAAAUUGUGGGAUACAAGGAACUUGAAACACCCUCUUUCGAUUGCGGAGGACAUGGCCGUUCUGAACUCUGAGGCCAACGUCAUCUUUUCGCCAGAUGAGCGACUUAUUUUGACAGGCACCGGGGUCAAAAAGGGCGAGGGCUAUGGCAAGAUAGUCAUGAUGAAUAACGAGAAUCUGGAGAUUGUGCGCACCGUCAGCGUAUCGCAGAGCAGCGUCGUGAGGGUUUUAUGGCAUGACAAGUUGAAUCAGAUUGUAGCUGGCAAUGCAGACGGAUCGGCGCACGUGUUUUACGACCCAGAUGUAUCACACAAGGGUGCCAAGUUGUGCGCAAUCAAAGCACCCAAGAAGAGGGCUGUCGACGACUAUGAGAUCGAUCGUCCUAUCAUUACCCCCCAUGCCCUGCCCAUGUUUAAGGAGGAUAAGGUCCAGACCAGCAAACGUAAGCAGGAAAAGCUGCGCAGUGAUCCCAAGGCCUCUCAUCGUCCAGAGAUGCCCUUGACUGGUCCUGGUAGAGGAGGCAAGGUCGGUCAGAGCACGAUCCAGCACGUCCUGACAGAUUUUGUGAAGGACACUAUGCGUGAAGAAGAUCCAAGGGCCGCACUGUUGAAAUAUGCGGAUGUCGUCGAAAAGGACCCACAAUGGAUUACGCCCGCAUACAAGCAGAACCAGCCUAAGCCGGUCUAUGAUGAACGGGACGAAGAAGGCGAGCACCGUGAACUUAAGAGACGGAAGUAAAUAAAUUCAGUUGAACUGCUUGCUGAAAGAAC